UUCGGGGACAGCCGGCGGCCCCCCCCAGAUUCGCACCGCCAGCCGCCGGGGAGCUCGGGGCUCCGGGCGUAGAGGCUGCGCUGUCACAUGGGCGGCGGCGACGGGGCCGCAUUUAAGCGGCCGGGGGACGGCGCCCGCCUCCAGCGCGUCCUCGGGCUCGGCUCCCGCCGGGCGCCCCGCUCUCUACCCGCCGGGGGCCCAGCGCCGCGCCGCACCGCGCCGCCCCCGCCGGGCCAUGCGAGCGCGGGCCCCGCCGCGAUGAGCUCGCACAUCGCCAAAAGCGAGUCCAAGACGUCUCUGCUGAAGGCGGCGGCGGCGGCGGCGAGCGGGGGCAGCCGGGCUCCCCGCCACGGCCCUGCCCGGGAGCCAGUGCUGCCCAGUCGCCGGCUGCCCGGCCCCUGCCCUGGCACGCCGUCGCCGUCCGGGGACCCCAGUUCGCGGAGGCCCCUGUGCCGGCCGGCGCCGCGAGAGGAGGGCGCGCGGGGGAGCCGGCGCGGGCUCCCCCAGGCGCACUGCAGGCCCCGGGAGGCGCUGCCGGCCGCGGCGUCCCGACCUUCGCCGCCGUCGCCGUUGCCGCCGGCCCGCGGGCGGGAUGGGGAGGAACGGGGUCUGUCCCCGGCGCUCGGCCUCCGGGGCUCACUACGAGCCCCGGGUCGCGGGGACUCUGCUCCAGCCGCCGCGUCCGAGGCAGACCCGUUCCUCCACCAGCUGCGCCCCAUGCUCAGCUCCGCCUUCGGCCAGAUGCGCCAGGAGGAGACCAGCUACACGGUGGUGCAGACAAGCGAGGAGGGCCUGGCGGCCAGCAGCGAGCUCCCCGGACCACUCCUGAUGCUGGCUCAGAACUGCGCGGUCAUGCACAACCUGCUGGGCCCAGCCUGCAUCUUCCUGCGUAAGGGCUUCGCGGAGAACAGGCAGCCUGACAGAUCUCUGCGGCCAGAGGAGAUUGAAGAGCUCAGGGAGGCCUUCAGAGAAUUUGACAAGGACAAGGAUGGCUACAUCAACUGCCGGGACCUGGGUAACUGUAUGCGCACCAUGGGCUACAUGCCCACCGAGAUGGAGCUCAUCGAGCUGUCUCAGCAGAUCAACAUGAACCUGGGUGGCCAUGUGGAUUUUGAUGACUUUGUGGAGCUAAUGGGACCUAAACUCCUGGCGGAAACAGCAGAUAUGAUUGGAGUAAAGGAGCUGCGAGAUGCUUUCCGAGAGUUUGACACCAACGGUGAUGGGGAGAUAAGCACCAGUGAGUUACGAGAGGCCAUGAGGAAACUCCUGGGUCAUCAGGUGGGACACCGAGACAUAGAAGAGAUUAUCCGGGAUGUGGACCUCAAUGGGGAUGGACGAGUGGACUUUGAAGAGUUUGUCCGGAUGAUGUCCCGCUGAGGCCGCCAGGGCCCCUCCAGGACCGCCAAGCUCCGCGGGGCGGGAGAAGAAGAGCCUGAGCUCGCCUCACCCUGCCGCCGCCGCCGCCGCCGCCGCCGCCGCCGCCGCCCAGAGCCCAGGAUGUACUGGCGGACGGGGCCUGCCUGCACCCCGGGGAGGUGCCCACCCCGGACCCCCACCCCUCCGCACUGUGAAAAAGACUCACGACUCCUGCAACUGGAAAGGGGGGGCGCCCGCCAACGAGGAGGCCACCAUGCCAGGCCGGCAGAGGUCAGGCCGGGCGCCGAGUGCCACGGACCCAGCCGCCGCUGGCUGGGGUGGGGGGGCCCACACAGCAUGUCUGCCCCAGGGCAGAGCCUCUCACCACCUUCCUUAGCUCUGUGCCCGUUCCAGCUCGCCUCAGCCCUGUUAUCUCAGAACCAAUAAAAAUAUUUCCAAGAG